AUGCGCCUCACCGCAACCCUCCUCACCGCGGCAGCAGCCAUCAGCGGCGCCGGCGCAACCCCCGACAGCACCAGCACACUCGGGGCGCGACAGGCCAACACCAUCACCGUCGACCUCGCCAGGACAUACCAGCGCAUGGAUGGCUUCGGCUUCAGCCUAGCGUUCCAGCGCGCCAACCUGAUCACCAACAUGUCAGACAAGGCCAAGCAGCGCGAGCUGCUGGACCUACUGUUCAACCGCACGACGGGCGCCGGGUUCAGCAUCCUCCGCAACGGCAUUGGGUCGACCCCCAACAGCAACUCCGACUUCAUGAACACCAUCGCUCCCACCAACCCCGGCGGGCCGAACGCCGAGCCCAAGUAUCAGUGGGACGGCAAGGACAGCGGCCAGUUGUGGGUGUCGCAGCAGGCGGUUGAGUUGUACGGGGUGAAGAGCAUCUACGCGAACGCCUGGAGCGCCCCGGGGUACAUGAAGACCAACGGGCGCGACACCAACGGCGGGACGCUAUGCGGGGUGCCCGGGGCGGGGUGCUCGUCGGGGGACUGGCGGCAGGCGUACGCCGACUACCUGGUGGCGUACGUCAAGUUCUACGCGGCGGCGGGGGUCAACGUGACGCGGCUGGGGUUCCUCAACGAGCCCGACUUCAGCGCCAGCUACGCGUCGAUGCAGUCCAACGGCAACCAGGCGGCCGACUUCAUCAAGGUGCUGCACCCGACGCUCGAGGCGGCCGGGCUGGGGGGGCAGGUGGGCAUCACCUGCUGCGACUCGAUGGGGUGGGGCAACCAGGCCCAGAUGGUGAACCAGAUCCGGGCGGCCGUGGCCGAGGGCAUGCUGGCGGCGGUCACGUCGCAUACGUAUACGGGCGGGGGCGGGGCGAUGAAUACGCGCGCGCCGGUGUGGAUGUCGGAGCAGUGCGACCUCAACGGCCAGUGGACGACGGCGUGGUACGCCAACGGCGGCGCGGGCGAAGGGCUGACGUGGGCUAACAACGUCUACAACGCCGUCGUUAACACCAACGUCUCCGGGUUCCUGUACUGGGAGGGCGUGCAGUGGCCGAACCCCAACACUAACGAGAAGUUGAUCCGUGUUGAUAACAGCACCAACACGUACGAGGCCUCGCGCCGGCUGUGGGCGUUUGCCAACUGGUCGCGCUACGUGCGCCCCGGCGCGGUGAGGAUCGGGUCGAGUGGUGGUGGGAAUGGGGUGCGCACGGCAGCUUUUCGGAAUGAGGAUGGCACGAUUGCCGUGGUGGCUAUUAGCUCGGGAGGGUCGGCGUCGAGUGUUAAUGUCAAGAUCUCUGGGGGUGCAAAGGCGGCUGCGGUACAGGCGUUUGUCUCGGAUAACACGAGGAACUGCGCGUCUACGCCGGCGACGUUGGCAGAUGACGGUACCAUCUCGGGGUCGGUGGCGGCGCGGUCAAUCACCACCUUCUUUAUUCUACCGGCGAGUACUUGA